AAAAAAAUUGUUGAUUUUCAGGUGCGCGUCUGAUAGCCAAGAAAAUCUGGGUGACGGAGAGCGGAGGAAUCUCUAAUUACAUUGGCGGCGGCAGGAGGCGACGCCCCCGGACCAAAUCCCAUGGACAGUCGGUCAUUUCAGGAGGGGAGCGGGGUUCGGUCGGAGGAGGAAGAGGGAUAAAGAGAGCGACCGAAUCCAAUCCAAUCCAAUCCAAAGAAGAGUCAAAUUACUCCUUGAUAAGAAGAGAAUCGUUAUUAGCGAAGAAAGGAAGGGGGCGAGAGAGAGAUGCAAUCUUUGAGCUUGAAGCUGGUGCCGGGCCUGAACAACCUCCGCUCCUCUGCUUGGCCGAGUCAACGGGAGAGGGGGAGGAGGAUCAUGGCGGUCUCCUCCUCCGAUCAUUCGUCUCCCUCGGAGCGGGACGGCGCCGGCGCUGGAGAUGAUGGGAUCGUUGGGAGGGAAGGCGACAAGGCGGCGGCUUCGUUCCUGUCGAGGAGCCAGACCUACUCUCUGCUCAAGCAGCAGAUGGCCGUCGCUGCCAAAUUCGAGGACUACAAGGAGGCUGCUAGAAUAAGGGACUCCUUGAAAUCUUUUGAGGAGGAGGAGCCAGUAUUGCGCCUUCGCAGAUUGAUGAGAAAGGCAAUCGAUGAAGAGAGGUUCGAGGAUGCAGCCAUGUACAGAGAUGAAUUAAAGAUUGUGGCUCCACACUCUCUCCUUACGUGUUCCAGUGAUGCUACUACUCUGGGGAUCCGGGUGCAAGUCAGAAGUGUAUAUAUUGAGGGAAGGAGCCAACCAUCAAAAGGGCAAUAUUUUUUUGCCUAUCGCAUUAGAAUCACUAAUACUUCACAGCGUCCUGUUCAGCUUCUCAGGAGGCACUGGAUCAUAACUGAUGCCAAUGGAAAAACUGAGAAUAUCUGGGGUGUUGGUGUAAUAGGAGAGCAGCCUGUUAUACUUCCUAAAACUGGAUUUGAGUACUCCUCUGCAUGCCCAUUAAGCACCCCUAGUGGAAGAAUGGAGGGUGAUUUUGAGAUGAAGCACGUUGAUAGGGUGGGUUCAUCAACUUUCAAUGUUGCCAUUGCCCCAUUCUCCCUUUCCAUCAUUGGAGAUGACACGGACGAACCCCUUUAGGAGUACAGGGAGGUGAUGGCAUUGUUCUCUGGAUGGAAGCUAAAGAUUGAUUGUUUGGUCAAACGGAGCGAGCAGCAAUAUUGUACAAGUCAAUUAGUUGUUAAUUUAUUGUGGCACUGCUUCAAGUCCGUGGCAGUGUGCGUGAACUGGUGUAAAUGGCGCGCAAUGAUUGCAAUUUAUUUUGUGGACUUGUUACUUGUAUAUGGGUAUAUUUAGUCAGUUAUGUUUUGUUUUUUUGACUCCAUAGAUAUGUAUUGAAGUGGCUAUUUGUACUUCCAUA